GACGUCGUCAACAACACAAUACCAAAAACCCUCCAAAAGUCCCCAUUGAAAAAACUCAAAACCCACACAGAACAAAACUAUUUUAAAAUGAUUACUUUGUCAGUUUUUCCGAAACUGAAACUGAAACAGAGGUAACAAAAGACGUUACCUUUUUGCGGAUUUUUUUCUCACCCUUUCAUUGAUCUCAAUUCUCUUAGCAAAUGAGUUAAUUUUCCAUGGCUGCCAUGUUGAAGCAGCCAUGGCCAACGUUUCUUCUUCCUCUUCAAUUGACUCUAAUCCUAAUUCUCCUUUUCCCUUAUCAUUCCCUUUCUCAAUCCGAUUCUCCUCGAAACAUCGAAACCUUUUUCCCAAAUGUCACCGGCCUCUCCUCUCCGCCCGCUCCGCCUCCAUCGCCGACUCAAAACCCACCGUCGUCGUCGUCUUCGGACAGACAAAAGAUCACGAGGGCUGUGCUCAUAACAGCCGCAAGCACCUUACUCGUAGCAGCUGUGUUCUUCUUCUUCGUCCAUAUAUGCGCUCGGCGGCGACGGCAGAGACGGAGAGACAGAGUCGGCGUCGAGAACACCCUCCCACCGGUUCCUCCGCUGGCGGAAUCUGCGUUGGCUCGCGAGGGCUUUACACGAAUCGGCGGAAACGUCAAAGGCUUGAUCUUGGACGAGAACGGGCUCGAUGUGUUGUAUUGGAGAAAGUCGCAGCAGAGUCAGAGAGACAACAACAACAACAAAAGCGGAAGCUUUCGAAAAGAGACCGUCCACCACGGAGACGACGAAGAGAAGAAGAACAAAAAGAAAUCGGAACCUGUUACGGAGAUUCCUCUUCUCAGAGGAAGAUCCUCGACUUCUCACAGUGUAAUUCACAACGAUACUCACCGGAAUCUCACCACCACCCAUCCUACUCCUCCUCCUGGAAAGUCUGAUUCUUUCGAAUUCGCCAAACCGAAUCCUCCUCCGCCGAUUCCGGUUAAGCAGAGUGAACCGGCGCCUCCUCCUCCUCCCCCUCCCACUAGGCCUGUUAAUAACGGUUCAUCUCCGCCACCGCCUCCGCCGUUGAAGAAGACGGCGGCUCUGUCGUCAUCGGCUUCAAAACCACCGCCGGCUCCUAGAGGGUCAUCUUCAGGGGAAGGUUCAAGCGCUGGAAAUGGUCAGGUCAAGCUCAAGCCUCUUCAUUGGGAUAAAGUCAACCCUGACUCUGAUCAUUCCAUGGUUUGGGACAAAAUCGAUCGUGGCUCAUUCAGCUUCGAUGGCGAUCUAAUGGAGGCUCUCUUCGGCUACGUCGCCGUCGGGAAGAAAUCUCCAGACCACGGCGGCGAUAACAAAAAACCGACAUCAACCUCUCCGACACAGAUCUUCAUCCUCGACCCGAGAAAAUCCCAAAACACAGCGAUCGUGCUCAAAUCCCUAGGAAUCUCCCGAGACGAGCUCGUGGAAUCGUUAAACGAAGGCAACGAUUUCCACCCAGAGACACUCGAGAGGCUCGCGAGAAUAGCUCCGACGAACGAAGAACAAUCAGCGAUUCUCCAAUUCGACGGUGACACAGCAAAGCUCGCCGACGCGGAAUCGUUCCUGUUUCAUCUCCUAAAGGCCGUGCCUUGCGCGUUCACUCGUCUCAACGCUUUACUCUUCAGGGCUAAUUACUAUCCAGAGAUCACUCACCACAACAAAUCUCUCAAGACGCUUGACUCUGCUUGCACAGAGCUCAGGUCACGAGGCUUGUUCGUUAAGCUUCUUGAAGCGAUACUGAAAUCUGGAAACAGGAUGAAUGCAGGAACAGCUAGAGGAGACGCUCAAGCUUUUAACCUCACCGCUUUGUUAAAACUCUCCGACGUGAAGAGCGUCGACGGGAGGACGACGCUGCUCAACUUCGUGGUGGAGGAAGUGGUUAGAUCGGAAGGGAAGCGAUGCGUGGUUAACCGGAGGAGCUUAAACCGAACCAGUAGCAAUUCGAUCUCAGAGGUUAUAUCAAAGGAAGAGCAAGAGAAGGAGUAUUUAAGGCUCGGUUUACCUGUCGUUGGAGGGUUAAGCACUGAGUUCACAAACGUUAAGAAAGCUGCAUCUAUAGACUACGAGACGGUUUCAGCGACUUGCUUGGCUCUUUCCUCUAGAGCUAAAAACGCUAGACGAGUGUUAGGCCAAUGUGGAGGAGAAGACGGAGAAGGAGAGAGGUUUGUGAAGAAGAUGGUUGAGUUUCUUGAUUCGGUCGAGGAAGAGGUGAAGCUAGCGAGAGAAGAAGAGAAGAAAGUGAUGGAGCUUGUGAAGAGGACAACAGAGUAUUACCAAGCGGGAGCUGUGAAAGGGAAGAAUCCACUUCAUCUGUUUGUUAUUGUUAAAGAUUUUCUUGCUAUGGUUGAUAAAGUAUGCGUAGAGAUCGCUAGGAAUUUGCAGAGGAAGACAAUGGUGAGUCCUCAGGAGCAUAGGACCGCGGUUAAGUUUCCGGUUCUGCCUUCGAAUUUCAUGUCGGAUAGAUCAAAAAGUGAUUCCGGUGGAUCAGAUUCAGAUACAUGAGACUGAUAAUUUGUUUUGUUGUAUAUAAUAGAAUCGUUUGGGUAUUGAUUAUAUAAUUUUUUUUUUGCCUGAAUAGCUUUUUGAAGUGUUGAUUAAGAUAAAUAGUACGAGGUUUUGUUUCUUGAAUAGUGUUCAUACCAAAUAAUAUAAGUACAGAGAUUUGCAGUUUGGCUCUU